AUGCAACCUUAUUUUGAAGAUCAUCAGCAGAUCUACCAUGCUCCGGAGUCUUCUGAUGAAGAGGAAGAAAUACAUGAUGACAUAAAGGGCAUGAAGGAGAACUUACAGAUUCUCGAAAAAAGAUUAAGGGCAAUGGAUGACAACAAAGUCUUUGGUGCUGCUACGAGAGAAAUAUGCUUGGUAUCCGAUCUUAUGAUCCCCGUGAAAUUCAAGACCCCUGACUUUGAUAAGUACGAGAGUCACUCAUGCCCAAAAAGUCAUCUCAUUAUGUACUAUCGAAAGAUGGUCGCACACGUUGAGGAUGAUAAACUGAUGAUACAUUGUUUUCAAGACAGCUUGAAAGGUGCCUCCUCUAAAUGGUACCUACGCCUUGACCAGAGCCAUAUACAAUGCUUCAAAGACUUAUCCGACGUCUUCAUCAAGCAUUACAAAUACAACAUAAAUAUGGUCUCAGAUAGAAGAUGGUUUCUUAGCAUGUCCCAGAAGGACAAUGAAUCUUUCAAAGAAUACGCACAACGGUGGAGAGAGGUGGCCUCCCAAGUUGAACCACCUAUGGUCGAGAAGGAAGUGGAGAAUUGCUUUAUGGACACUGUGAAGCCUAUGUUUUAUGAAAUAAUUGUGAGUAGCAUAUCGUCGACUUUCUCUGACUUAGUUGUCGUGGGUAUCAAGGUUGAGCUUGGGAUGAAAAAUGGCAAGAUGAUAAAUGUUGUUGAAUCUUCUAACAACAAUGCUAGGAAACUUUCUGGAGGUUUUUAG